CUGAGUUCUCAGAUCUUAAUUACAGAGAUGGCUUCAUUUCCAUUCCGUGUCAUGUUUAGGGGAUUGUUGGCAUGUUACAGAGAAAAUGUAGACUAAAGGUGUUUGAAAAAGUCUGAAUUUUUUAUAUGUUGUUUUCCCUCUUGCAUUAUUAUAAAUAUAAUUUUUAUCAGCAAGUCUGCUUUCAUUUUUAUUGAAUAACAGGAAAGAGCUGAUAAUGCUGUUGCAUCAAAAGCCUUUGCAGCAUUUUGGAUGCUACUGCCCAUUGGUAAUCUAUAUUUAUGCAUUAAUAAACAGCCUUGUUACUCAGAGUACCACAGAUCUAAGGAGUAUAAUUAGUUUGCUAUUAAAUAGGCAAAUAUAUAAUUCUUUUAUAUAUUCAUGGGUAGAUGGCAAGGCUACAGAGACAGCCAUCUUUUGCAAAACAAAAGAAAGACAAUUUCAUUGAAUAAUUUCAUAUUCUACUCAAAAUCUCAGGAAAUUGGGGUUUCCUCCCAGCCUAACAGCCUAAAUGAAACACAGGAGAAACAUGGGACAAUAAAAAGGCUUUAGGACUUACUGCUUCUUCCUCUACUCUGUUUUGAAUCAGCUUAUCUUUAAAAUAUUUAUCUUUAAAGCAGCCACCCAAGAAAGGUGUCCAGACAGGUGAUUGUGGCAUAUUUUACAAAGUUUUGUAAAUUGAAUUGAAAUUCAAGUAUUGAAACUGUGACCCCCAGAAACAGUUUUUUUUGCUGUCUGGUGGUUUGGGUGCUGGUUUUUUUGUUUUGUUUUUUUUUUUUUUUUUUUGCAAACUUGAGUGUAUUUACAAAAAGGAAAUCUGGAGAAGAAUAUCCAUUAUCAAAUGCAAUUAAAGGGGAGGGAAAAAACAACAGCAACUACUGCAGUUCUUGUAAAGAGCUUUGCUAAACCUCUGGGAAUAGAAGCCACUGAUGCUUCUGGUUUCAGAAUUGUUCUUAAUUAUCUUAUUGCUCUAUUCUCUGUUUUUCCAGUGAACUUCCCUUGGUUCUAAAAAUCAUCACAUUUUGCAGGCAAAUGAAGUAGAGAAGCAAACUCUGAGGGCUUUACAGUCCAGGCACCUUGGAGGAGGAAUAUCUGGCACCAAAUUCCUGUAGAUCAGUGGGUGUUUACUGAGACUGGACUAUUUUUCAGAAGACAGGAUUUUUGUCAAUAUUUAGUGAUUGAUUCUAAGGAGACAAAGAAUUUGAAAGACUGCUGGCUCAUCAUGUCCUCCAUUCUUGGGAAGAUGAAGAAGUUUGGCAGUUUUGACAUGGAGGAAUCUGAAGUGACAGAUGAACACAUAGAUGGGGAGGACUCUGCCCAGGACGCCCCUGACAAUUCCCAGGGCCCACCCAGCACCAAGGUGCAGCCACUCAAAAGCAACAUUUUUGCAAGACGAGGCCGCUUUGUGAUGGGGGACAGUGACAAGGUCAUGGCUCCCAUGGACUCCUUCUGCCAGAUGGAUCACCUGAUGGCACCUUUCCAUGUGAAUUUGGAGAGGGGCAAACUUCACAAGCUCCUAUCUACAGAUUCCAUCACAGGCUGCUCAGAAAAAGCUUUCAAAUUUUAUGACCGCAGAAGGAUCUUUGAUGCUGUAGCCCAAGGCAACACAAAGGACCUCAGUGACCUGCUGCUGUACCUUAAUAGAACCUUCAAGCAUCUCACAGAUGAGGAGUUCAAAGAGCCUGAAACUGGCAAAACCUGUUUACUGAAAGCCAUGCUGAAUCUGCAUGAUGGGAAGAAUGAUACCAUUCCCUUGCUGCUGGAUAUUGCAAGGAAAACUGGAACUCUGAAGGAGUUUGUUAAUGCAGAAUACACUGACAACUACUACAAGGGCCAGACUGCUCUUCACAUUGCCAUCGAGAGGAGGAACAUGUACCUCGUGAAGCUCCUGGUCCAGAAUGGAGCAGAUGUUCAUGCCAGAGCCUGUGGGGAGUUCUUCAGGAAAAUCAAAGGGAAAUCUGGCUUUUAUUUUGGAGAGCUGCCUUUGUCCCUGGCUGCCUGCACCAACCAGCUCUGCAUUGUGAAAUUCCUCCUGGAGAAUCCCUACCAGGCAGCCAACAUUGCUGCUGAGGACUCCAUGGGCAACAUGGUCCUGCACACCCUGGUGGAGAUUGCAGAUAACACCAAGGAUAACACCAAGUUUGUGACCAAGAUGUAUAAUAACAUAUUGAUCCUUGGUGCCAAAAUUAAUCCUAUCCUCAAGCUGGAAGAACUCACCAACAAGAAAGGGCUGACUCCUUUAACUCUGGCAGCCAAAACAGGGAAGAUAGGGAUUUUCGCUUACAUCCUCAGACGGGAGAUCAAGGACCCUGAGUGCAGACACUUGUCCAGGAAGUUCACUGAGUGGGCCUAUGGACCUGUCCACUCCUCUCUUUAUGACCUGUCCUGUAUAGACACCUGUGAGAAAAAUUCAGUGCUUGAGAUCCUUGCCUACAGCAGUGAGACACCUAACCGUCACGAGAUGCUGCUGGUGGAACCCCUCAACAGGCUGCUGCAAGACAAGUGGGACCGCUUUGUCAAGCACUUGUUUUACUUCAACUUCUUUGUCUACACCAUACACAUCACCAUCCUCACUGCAGCCGCUUACUACAGACCUGUACAGAAGAAUGAAAAGCCUCCCUUCACCUUUGGUUACAGCACUGGGGAAUAUUUUCGAGUAACUGGAGAGAUCCUGAGUGUACUGGGAGGCCUCUAUUUUUUUUUCAGAGGGAUCCAGUAUUUUGUGCAGAGGCGCCCAUCACUCAGGACACUGAUAGUUGAUGGCUACAGUGAGGUUCUUUUCUUUGUCCACUCCCUGCUCCUGCUGAGCUCUGUGGUGCUGUACUUCUGUGGCCAGGAGCUCUAUGUGGCAUCCAUGGUGUUCUCCUUGGCCCUGGGCUGGGCCAACAUGCUGUACUACACCCGGGGCUUCCAGCAGAUGGGAAUUUACUCCGUCAUGAUCGCCAAGAUGAUCCUUAGAGAUUUAUGUCGCUUCAUGUUUGUCUAUCUUGUAUUCCUCUUGGGAUUUUCUACAGCUGUGGUGACUUUGAUUGAAGAUGACAACGAGGGGCAGGAAACAAAUAUCUCUGACUAUGCCCGGUGCUGCCACGUGAAACGAGGCCGCACCUCCUACAACAGCCUCUACUACACCUGCCUGGAGCUCUUCAAGUUCACCAUUGGCAUGGGGGACCUGGAGUUCACAGAGAACUACAGGUUCAAGUCUGUGUUUGUCAUCCUGCUGGUGCUCUAUGUCAUCCUCACCUACAUCCUCCUGCUCAACAUGCUCAUUGCACUGAUGGGGGAGACUGUCAACAAAAUUGCACAGGAGAGCAAGAGCAUCUGGAAACUCCAGAGAGCCAUCACAAUCCUGGACAUUGAGAACAGCUACUUGAACUGUCUGAGGCACUCGUUCCGCUCUGGGAAGCAAGUCCUGGUGGGGAUCACACCUGAUGGCCAAGAUGAUUACAGAUGGUGCUUCAGGGUUGAUGAAGUGAACUGGUCCACGUGGAACACUAACCUGGGCAUAAUCAAUGAAGACCCUGGGUACUCUGGGGACCUCAGACGAAAUGCCAGUUUCUCCAUUAAGCCUGGCAGAGUUUCAGGGAAGCACUGGAAAACAUUGGUUCCACUUCUAAAAGAUGGAGAGAAGAGGAGAGAAGAGCCUCAGAAGCUGCCAGAAGAAGCCAAAUUAAAACCUGUUUUGGAGCCUUAUUUUGAGCCAGAAGAUUCUGAGGUGUUGAAAGAGUCAAUUCCAAAGUCAGUCUAAUUCUGUUUGUCUGUUCUGGUCCUCACAAGUGGGAAAUAGAGCACUUCAUGUACAGGAGCAGGGACUUCUGGAAAAAGGUCAGAGGACGUAGGGAAUUACCUUGUGCAAGGAUUGAUUUAUUACACUAAGUGUUCUAAAUAAACCAUUUGUUGUGUAA